AAAAAAUGUCGUUUCUAUAUAGACUUGUUUUAAUAUUCUGUGGUCUUUCGAUCACAUAUGCAAACUCAUUGCAACAGGACUAUUGUGACUUAUCGCUGUGUCCAAAAGGCAAGCAUGUUGCAUGUGACAAUAACCUAAAACACUAUGGCCAAAAUUGUACAAUGGAUGCAGAACUUUUAGAAACACCCGAGAAACUUCGCGACGGAAUUGUGCUACGAAUGAAUGAAUUACGUAAUCAAUUAGCAGGGGGUGGAUUUUCAGGUUUUACGCCAGCUGAUCGCAUGGCAACUGUACAAUGGGAUGAUGAACUUGCACAUUUGGCAAAAUUUAAUGUACUCAAAUGUAUAUUAAAGCGUGAUAGAUGUAGGAAUACACGUAAAUACGGCCAUGUUGGACAGACUAUAUCAUAUCGAGGAUAUAGAAAAAGGAUUCCACGACUGGAUAAAAUCGUAUUAAAACAAAUUAAUAAUUGGUUUAGCGAACACGAAAUGAGUUCAAUGGCCGACAUAUUUGCAUAUAAAGGACCAACCCAUGGCGUAUUCAAACGGAAUUUCCUUCAAAUAUCAGAGGGAAAAAACAAUCGCAUAGGCUGUGCAUUGCUUCAACAGACUCAAAACGAAUGGUUACAGACCUUCCUAACGUGCAAUUAUGGCCAUGCGCCAGUUGUGGGCAAGGAUGUGUAUACGAGCGGUGGAGUAGCUGCCAGUAGGUGCAAAACUGGCAAAAAUCCAUCAUUCCCUAAUCUUUGUUCAAUCGAUGAAGUCUAUAGGAAAGAUGAAGGCUACGAAGAUGAGAUUGAAACUAAUACUAAGCGAAACCAAUCAAAUGUCACUAGUAGCACAGCAGAAGGUUCAACAAAAAAUGUGACCGAAACGAUAAAAGAUUCAACCACAAAACCAACAGAAGAGAAAUCUACUGAAAAACCUGCAAAUUCUACUGCCGAUAAUAAGGAAACAAAUUCCGAUGGGUCACUUCAAUCUCGUACAUUUAAAAUUUUACCAAGAACACAAACAGCCAACAAAACGGAGACUUCGGAUACAGUAGCAACUAAUAUUACAGAAUCUUCCGUAACCCCAGCAUCGAAUGAAACUGCAACUCAACCAACAGUGCAAGCAAAUAGUACAGAAAUUUCUACAACCUUGUCAACAAAUCAAUCGUCAACUGUAACAACGCCCACUACUACUGAAACAGCAAAAUCAACUACACCAAAGCCUAGCAAAAAUGAAACGGUUAACGAGAAUAAAAAUAAUGUUUUUUAUCGUUUCACUCGAUUCAUAGUAAAACUUCACGCACUCGCGAAUAAGUAUCAGAUUAAAAUCAUUACCCAAAAUCAUGAGGUAGAGAAGGUUAUGAAAGUCUUAAGCAAAGUUACGAAAACUCGAACGGAAAAUAUCUCUCGCCGUGAGAAGCACGUUGGCGAUGCGCAACAAAAUCGGCAAUUAAGAAUGAGGAGUCGGGGCAUACGCGGAAGGACAAUGAAACAAAAACACAAAGAAAUGUGGCGAUCAAAGCGUCAUCAGAAAGAUCUCAGCGAUGGUUUGGUUAAAUGGAGGACUAUUUGAGCAACUUUUAAUUCAAUUUAAAAUUACUAAGCGUGAAUUGAGUCCUAUUGUAGUUUGAUCUACACAAAAUAAAAAUGCUACCAGUCCUUGAAUAUAA